CGACUGCUUUUUUUUGUUACUUUGUUGACAGAUUAACUUGUUCUUUGAUUAUGAAAACACGACAUAGAAAAAAGAAGGGUGUCUUGAACGUAACAGGUCUUCCACCUUAUCCUAUUCAAAGAUCGAAGCCUCUUAUUCGUUCUGACAUUAUUCGAGCUCACACAAAGCUGAAGCAUUUGAUCGAUCUUGAGCAAUACGACGAUGCACAGUUUUUGUUUACUGAAUUGAUCAAGACAUCACGCUAUAACAUACACAACUUUUGGAAGGUUGGUGCCGAGAUCAUUGGCAAAACGUCUCCCAAUCAACUUGCAGAUUAUCUAAGAGCUGUGUUUAUCAAUUCACCUAAUCCUUUAUCUCUUGUUACAUUUGAUGCGUAUAUUGAUCAACUGAUGCUUGAACGAAAAUGGGCCAACGCUUUAGAAGAAAUUGAUCUACUCUUUAAUCGACCUCAAUAUCAUCACCCUAUUCUGUUGCGAAAGAAAGCUAUUUGUUGUUAUCAACAAUGGCUAGAAGCAAAAAGUGCUCUGCCUGAAUCGUAUUUAGAAGAAGAAGUGUAUGAUGAAUAUGAUACAAAUAUCAUUCGAUAUGAACGCUGUGUAAAAACAACCUCGAAAAACAUGGCAGAAGCGUACCAAGUGUAUUUUCGAGAUGUAGAGUUAUUAAACAUGUAUUUUGAAUUUUUGAAAGAAACUAAAGAUGAAGAGGCUAUUCAAAGCGCUGUAGCAAAGUCUCUAGAGUCUUUCAACAAAAAUCCUGAUUUUUAUUUAUUAAAGUAAGUGUUGAGUCAUGUUUGAUUGCGUCCUUAUGAUGUUGUAGAUGUUUGAUGAAAGUGAAUGAAGAUGACCAAUAUUUUGCAAGGGAUCAAUUCAUACUGUAUUUGUACGAACAGAAUCCUCUUUAUGAUGCUAAAGCAGGCCUUAAAGCCUAUGUAAAAUCAACCCGUACUCAAUUAGAGACACUGAUUCAUACUGAGUCUAUCAGCAAUGAAUACAAAUCUACUGCAAAACGCUUGUUUUCAAUAUUUAUCUGUCGAGUUCAAAGCGGUAUUAUUGAAAAAUGGUUUCUAAAAUCUAUUGUCAAGUCCAUACUUAAAUAUGCACUAAGCCAAGAGAUGUACAAAUUAUACAAAACAAGGCACUUGGAUGAUUUGCUCAACUCAUCAUUUGUAUUAAGAAAUACCUCAGAACCAAAGUCAGUUAUUCAAUUGGCAAAAAAGAUG